UAUUGCCCUCUCCCCUCCUCCCUGAUGAAUCCGUUUUGCAAACGUAUUUUUCUUUAGAAGCAGACGAAAAUGAAGCUCCAGCUAUUAAUAGUUUUUGUGUUAAGCUUAGAUAAAUUUCCUGAAAAAUGUCACAGCACCACUGAAAGUGGUAAGGUUCUCUCCAUCACUGCAUCAACACCAGAGCGGGUGGACAUCCUCAGAAAUAUAUCCUCUCAAUUUGAGACAGUACUAUGGCAGCCAGCCUCUCCGUUCCACAUCAUGGCAAACUCAGAGGUUCAUCUAUAUGUCCCUCGAGAGAGUGUCCUUACUGUAACAGAACUGCUUGAAAGCAACCAAUUAACCCACAGCCUUAUGGUGGAAAACACGGAGGAGCUUAUUGAGAUUCAGACCAGAAAUGACUCCUCAGACCCAAGAACAAGUGUGGCAUACUAUGAAAGAUACCACUCCUUGGAGGACAUUUACUUCUGGAUCAACAAGACAACAACUGACUAUGCAAACAUCGUGAGGUUGCUUCUCAUUGGAUCAUCGUUUGAAAAACGUCCACUUUAUGUCCUGAAGCUAUCUGGCAAAGCAAGUAACACACCAAAGAAAGCAAUAUGGAUAGACUGUGGGAUCCAUGCCAGGGAGUGGAUCUCUCCAGCUUUUUGCCUGUGGUUUGUGGACCAUUGCAUCAAAUAUUACAAUGAAAGCCGUGACGUCACGGAAAUGAUGGACUCCAUGGACAUCUAUGUUCUGCCAGUGUUGAAUCCAGAUGGCUAUCGAUACACUUGGACCACAAAACGUAUGUGGAGAAAGAACCGGUCCAUACACUCAAACAGUGGCUGUGUUGGAGUUGAUUUAAACAGAAAUUUUGAUGCAAAUUGGUGCACAUCAGGGGCAAGCAGCAACCCCUGUGAUGACACCUACUGUGGCCAAUACCCAGAGUCAGAGCCAGAGGCUCAAGCUGUGGCCAACUUCCUGCGCAGCCACAAGAACACAGUGCAACUCUACUUCUCCAUCCACUCCUACUCACAGAUGCUGCUCUUCCCCUACUCCUGCACACAUGAGCAGGCCCGCAACCACGACGAGCUAUAUGAAUUGGUACGGGAUGCAGCUGCAGACAUCAAGAGGUAUUACCAGAACAACUACAAAUAUGGCCCUGGAUCAAAAACUAUAUAUCUAGCUCCAGGAGGCUCGGAUGACUGGGCCUACAACCUUGGGAUCGACUACUCUUUCACUUUUGAACUACAGGACCGCGGCCAUUAUGGAUUCCUCCUGCCCCCGAGACUCAUUGCCAAAGCAUGUAAAGAAGGGCUCAUGGCAGUAAAGAGCAUUUCUCUCAAAGUUAUCCGCAAACCACAAUGAGUUUAUGUUCACAGAGAUGUACGACCUUGCUACAGUCAUUUAUUCAUUUAUGUGAUAUUCAGUUUCAUGUAAAAUGUGUGUGCAUGUGUUUAUAUUCAUCUCCAAAUAAAUCAAUAAAUGUACCAUAAAAUCA